AUGCGGCGGGGUGUAAGGUAAGUAAAUCUUACAUUUUAAACCCCCCCAAGAGAUGGUGAACACCUAGGUAGAGGAUAGGUAGAGGAUUACUAUAGUUUUAGUAAUACAUGCUUGUAUGCCUAACACUAUAAUGGUACUUUAUCUAGAAAUCAAGCAUUAACAAAAUGGAACUAAUAAUAGUAGCAUAAAUUAUAUAUAGGUAUAACACAUCUGUGUUUUCAGAGUGUAACCAUGAAGGCUGCCCCAAUUGCCUGCUAUCAUAGGUGCCAACAGACCCGGAUUUACACGGACAGCUCUUCAUUUUGGGGUGCUGUCCCAGCAAAGAUAGGUAAUAGGGACAUAAUCUACAUUUACAUAUCUGUUAGCAGAUGGGAAUUGGGCACAAAGUGUUUCAGAAGCCAGGUGGCACGUGGGCCUGUCCCCUUAAAGCAGACCCGCCACUUUGACAGGUGAGCCAACGGGCAGACCCUCCACUUUGACAGAAAGGCUCUCCCCCUUGAUGGGUAUACACAUACCCUCUUGAGAUACAGACCUGCCCCUUUCAUAGUGUUCCGUACUCAAUGCCUGUACUGUCUGACUAAUUUUACAUAGAAUUGAUAGACUAACCCUCAUUAGUCCUUGCAUAAUCAUUUUAUAUCAAGAUUUGUCUGCUGGCUGUGUUACUGCUGAUUGACCGUGCUUCACACUACUGUCCAUUAAAGAAAUCCUUAAAACCCACUUUGCUAGGGAGAUCUACCUGUAAACCACAUGUAAACCCUUUAAAUUAUCUUCCUAUUGCAGUCUACCCACCUUGGACAAUUUGCCCUCGCUAGCUCUAAUUAUUUUUCCAUCUUGUCACUCAGGUUAUCUAUUUAUGCAAUAAUUAAUAUUGUUGCUACACCUAGCAAUUUAUGUUUCAUCCUUAAUACAUAACAUGUUUAUUCUUUUGUGUAACCAACCUUCAUACUUCAUUCCCUUUAGACUGUCAGCUCAUCUGGGGCAUCAUCAUCAUUUAUCUCCUAUUUUCCCAAUAUGUUAAUAAUAGUUACAUGCAAAUAGAAUUUUGCUUGCUGUUUAGAGUUGACAAAUAUGUUAGUGCUGUAGGAAUAUAAUAAUAAUAGAAUAAUUAUAAUGUAAAUAAAUUCUCCUUCAAAAGUGGCUGACCUCAGCUCACAUCUUUAUAUCUGUGGGUUAAAUCAUAUAUAUAUAUAUUUUAUUUAGUUUCAUGAAUCCAGAAAGAAGUAUAUUCAUGUUAUUUCAUAAAGUAAAAUAACCACGUUUACUGCAACUCCGUUUUUUUUUUUUAUGUUAGUAAACUAUCAGACAGUUUUAGUCUUACUAGCAAGUUUAUUUUCCUGAUUAGCACUUUUUGAGGUUUAUCCCUGAUUAUUGUGCCAAAAAUUCAUGGAUUUUGCUCGUUGUGGCAAUGCAACACUGUUGUUAUGCACUGUAUGUCGUGGUUGCUAACGAGCAAGCUGUGUAGUAUAAGGUGGAGAGAGUGAAAAUGUGGCUAUGGCUUCUAAGCAAUGGCAUGCAGGCUGAGCACUGUAAGUUAGGCUAUGGGGGUUGAGUAGCAUUUUGGGUGCAAUUUCCCUUGACUCGAUCAGGGAAAAUGAAUUAUAUGAAUCAAGUCAGUUAUGUUGGAAUUCAGUUUGUGAAUAGCGGAAUUUGCAAAAUCAUAUAGAGAACAGUAAUUUCAAAUGGCAGAAAUAACCAAAUGUUCCUUUUGUGAUUUCCUGAACAUAGCAAGCUUGUGGUGAAAACAGAUCCGGCUGUUAUAUGAUUCUUUGUGAAUAGACCUCCCCAUGUUAGUCCCAUAAAAUCUCAAUAUAUGCAUGAGUGCACUUCGAAUUCUGGGGUCAAGUCAGGUGAGUGGCACUUUAUUUGCCAAUGCACUGCUGACCUCUUGCUGACAGUGCUGAAUACCUCUGAGAAAAAUAAGACACAAUACUGAAUGAAUUUGCAGGAUGCCAUUAUACUUUGAGUUAUUGCUCUGAUUUAGCUGUAGUUUCACAUUGUAAAUCCUACAGGACUGCUUUGUGUCACACUUACAACAACACACAGGGGUUAUACAUUAAAGGGACACUAUAGUCACCAGAACAACUACAGCAUAUUGAAUUUGUUCUGGUGAGUAGAAUCAUUACCUUCAGGCUUUUUGCUGUAAACACUGUCUUUUCUCAGAGAAAAGGCAGUGUUUACAUUACAGCCUAGUGAUAACUUCACUGGCCACUCCUCAGAUGGCUGCUAGAGAGCCUUCCUGGGUCAUGGCUGCCUAAAAUGCAUCCAAACAUUCAGUGUCUCCUCCCUCUGCAUGCUGACACUGAACUUUCCUCAUAGAGAUUCAUUGAUUAAAUUCAUCUCUAUGAGGAGAUGCUGAUUGGCCAGGGCUGUGUUUAAAUUGUGCUGGCUCUGCAGGAGAUCUGCCUCUUUGUCAAUCCUAUGCGGAAGCAUUGUGAUUGGAUCAGUCUACCACUUCUGCUGAUGUCAGCAGGCAGUGGGCAGGUCUAAAGGAAACUGGGACAAAGUAAGCAGCUGCAGACUUGAAUAGAAGUAGAAUUUUACUAUAUUUAUGGAGGCAUGAGGGGACCAGGGGGCUAGAUGGUGGUUUUAACCCUAUAGGGUCAGGAAUACACAUGCCUAUAGUAGGCUCCUUUACAAAUUGCAUAAUUUAGGCCUCUAGCAAGCAUGCUGGGAAUCCCCCUCCCCCCCAUAUCAGGUUUAUUUCCAGAUCAGCUUGUUUGGCUUCAAAUGUGAAUAAAAACCAUGUAGAUCUAUCCACAAAAAAUCUAAUUAUAAACACAGAUAUAAAAUGUAUGCUGAAAUAGCUGAUAUAAAAAUAAAUCUAUGGGUGCUGUAGUGGUUGAGUAUCCCAUUACCAAUUUACUACAAUUAUUAUUAUUAUUUAUAAAAUAUUUUACCAGGAAAGAUAGAUUGAGAUUCCUCUCGUUUUCAAGUAUGUCCUGGGUCCACAAGUCCUUGCAUUGUUACAUUAGGGCACAAUAAAAUACAAAAACAAUAUUAAUACACAAUAUAUACAAAAUUUAACAUAGAACAGGUAGGAAAUAUAUAAUUAACAAUUAACUUCUUAGUGAAUACUAAACUUGGGCACCGCCAACAUUUUUGUGUUCGGCAGAAAUAAAAUGUUUAAUCUGAACUGAAUGUUGUCAGUGUGUUCAUUCGUUUUGGAUGAAAUUCUGUUUUAUUUUCAUUUUGGAAUUUCAUUUGGACAAAUGGAAUUUCCGUCCAUGCUGUAGGCCGAGGCUGCGUCUUGCAGUUGUUUAGUAGAUAACAUAAAUUGGUACACUUGUGGGCUUGCCAGCGACUGCUUGCUGUUGCUGCCUAGGUGGUAUUAGUCUAUACCCUUAUGGUGGGCACCUACUAAAAUAAUUAACUGGGGGGACAUAGUAUCCCCCCAUGCCUUGUGAGUGUGGGCCAUUAAAAUAAGUGGGGGGCUUUGCAUUCCCCUUCCAGACAGGGCUACUAAAUAGAAUAAACAGGGAGACAUAGUUUCCCCCCCAGCCUCCACCCAGUUUCUGUGCCAUAAAUAACAAAGGGGGAUGGACCUAUUGUCCCCCCCAUUGGCAGUAUGUGUCAUGUCCCUGGGCAGGUCAAAUAGGAGACAAUUGUCAGGUUUGUUAAUUGAAACUUUAUUGGUGCUUUUAGACCUAGUAUACAACUUGAGAGAAAACAGAAUUAAGGCAAUAUGCCACAAAACAGGAUAUUUGUAAGUUAAAUAAAGUUUUUGAUAUCCAGGUAGGGUUGAAGUAAUUCAAGUAGAUAAGUACCUUGUGGUAUGCUACAAUGCAGGCAAGUACAGGAUGAUGUAGGGUUGAAGCAAUAAGGCAGGUAAGUACCUUUCGGUUUGAUGCAAUUCAGGUAAAUACAGGAUGAUGCAGAGUUGAAGUAAUUAAGGCAGGUAAGUACAGGAUGAUGCAGAGUUGAAGUAGUUAAGGCAGGUAAGUACAGGAUGAUGCAGAUUUGAAGUAGUUAAUGAAGGUAAGUACCUUUCGGUAUAAUGCAAUGCAGGUACGUACAGGAUGAUGCAGAGUUGAAGUAGUUAAUGAAGGUAAGUACCUUUCGGUUUGAUGCAAUUCAGGUAAAUACAGGAUGAUGCAGAGUUGAAGUAAUUAAGGCAGGUAAGUACCUUUUGGUAUAAUGCAAUGCAGGUAAGUACAGGAUGAUGCAGAGUUGAAGUAGUUUAGGCAGGUAAGUACAGGAUGAUGCAGAGUUGAAGUAGUUAAGGCAGGUAAGUACCUUUCGGUAUAAUACAAUGCAGGUAAGUACAGGAUGAUGCAGAGUUGAAGUAGUUAAUGAAGGUAAGUACCUUUCGGUAUAAUACAAUGCAGCUAAGUACAGGAUGAUGCAGAGUUGAAGUAGUUAAGGCAGGUAAGUACAGGAUGAUGCAGAGUUGAAGUAGUUAAGGCAGGUAAGUACCUUUCGGUAUGAUGCAAUUCAGGUAAGUACAGGAUGAUGCAAGGUUUUUUACAGGAGCCAGGAUCUGAAGUUCUUAGUUGGAACACUAACUUCAAUGUCAUAGAAACAUAGUCAAGACGACUUGGCUUAUAGAGUGUGGCCUUUUACAGCAGACUUGAUUGUAAGUUUAUCCAGGUGAGAGUCUGAGGUGACUAGUGCCUAGGAAGGCCACUAGAGGCGAAGAUCAGGAAUUGUAAUUAAAGGCCCAGUAAUUAAUGAAAAAGUCUUGCUUGUCAGUAUUGGAAUCUGACAGUACGUGGGGUUCCUAAGUAAUAGGGGGUGAACCUAUUGUAUGCUCCAGCUCCCACCCAUUGGCGGUGGGUGAGAGCACUAAAUAAUAAGGUGGGGGCCUAUUUUUUCCUGGUUUGGAAACGGCAAUUGGGGUUUGACAAUCUGUGUCAUUGAACUUGUACAAUUCAUCUGAUAUCGGAGAUGUCGAACACUGCUUCCUGCUUUGCUAACAGCGGUUAUCCGGCUGUGUGAACUCUCGUCAAAAAAAUGGGAUUCUGAUUACAUGAGAAUUGUCCCUCAGGAAAUACUUUAUCCUACUGUAAUGACCUCUGUCCUCUGUUUCCUCUUCAUUAACCACUUGUCUUCAGUUCACACGCAACAGACACUUCAUCUUCACUUUAGACACAUUGACCGUGUUACAUAAAGAGCAAUCCCGAUCACACUCUGGGAUUCUUUUCAACAUGAACGCCAAUUUGUCUGAAUUUGGGACGAUCAGUUGAUUGUCUGAAUUCUUGAUUUCCAAACCACCAUAUAGAGUAAUCACAAAACAAACAACUUGAAGAAUCGACAAACAUGUUUGUUUUGAUUUGUGAUUCAGAAUUCUGCCCGUGAGAUCAUUGCUAGAAAAAAAAGUUAAUUGAUGGUUAGGGGACAACCACUAAAUGUUUUAUUCACAGACCAAGUGAGAAAUGAGCAAAAGAGGGAAAUAAAGUCUACAUUUACAUACAAUAUAUUUGACAAAUGUAUAAUAUAUAGAUAUAGAUUUUUUUUUUAAAUGUCGGAAGAAAAGAAAAAGAAAUGGAGAGGGUAACAAUUAAACAAAAUAUAUCUAAAAACAAGUAUUUACUGAGUAGUUUUUUAAAAGUCCAAGUUGGACAGAGAACACACAGCAUGCAACACUCUAUGUACAGGUAAUCUAAGUGAAAAUAAAAAAGAGACAAAAAGAAAGAAAUGGAAAAAAACCACACAAAUAUAAAUAUAUACCGAUUUAAAUGGCUAUAAUAAAGGGGCUAAUAAUUCCCGUUUUGUAUAUGUAGUGCAAUGAUAUCUAUAUCAUAAUUGCCAUAAAUGAGGCAGAUACAUAUUCACUACAGUAGAUAGGGCUAAUUGUCAUGUAGAUACACCUAGUGGUAGAGCUAUUGCACAAAUUUAGCAGCUAUCCAGCUUUCUCUGGGUUAAUGCCUGAUGUAACAUAGUGGACCCAAUAGUUACUGUUACUAGAGGCACACAAAGUAUCUAAUGUGGAAAUGAGGAUGAUUACAAUGAACGUGCUGCACUGUAUAAAUGAUAGGCUAUUCGAUCCUAGGAAUAUAAAACGGGCAGAUAUUAUGAGGUUUGGUGAAAGAUGUUCAUCAGUCUCUACUGUAGGCUGAAUUGCUGACAAAAGUAAAGUGAAAUACUCUCCUCUACGGGUUAUCACCCAAAUGACAGAUAAUAGAGCCAGAAAUAUAUCUAUACUCUCGGUUUAAAGCGGCACUGUCAUGCCGAAUCCUGUUUUAUUUUUUAACCCCCCUCCCGCCUCCACUAUCUCUAAUUGACACCCUACUCACUCCCAAAUGCCCCUAAGCCCCCCAUAUUACCUAUUUUUUAUUCUUUAUUUUAUGCCCUGAUCUAUAUUCAGGGCGCCGCCAUCUUUGUGUAGUAGAUGAAGUCCCUGUGGGACACGUCAUCUGCCCACACUAGAUAGAGCUGUGAGAUUCCCGCACAUGCCCAGUGAAACACCUGGACAUGCGAACGGGAAUUUCAUCUAUUCAUUCAUUAGUCCGAAAGACGAAUGAAUGAAUAGAAAAAUCAGAUGAACAAACUAACACUGUGUAUCAGUGUUCGUUUGUUCGUGCAGUUUGUUACAAGGAGGGAGCUACCGGCACGCAGCUCCUUCCUUGUAAUAUGUAACUAUAGAAGCGGCAGGGAGCAGUGCUCCCCACCACUUCAUAAGCCCCCCAGGUCCCCCCUCACUCUAUGGGGGUCAAUAUGACCCCCAUAAUAGUGCAAGGGAGAUCAAAAUAUCCCCAAUGCCCCCACUCGCUAUACCGCGAGUAGGGGCAUGUCCACUAAACAGUGAGCAGCCUGUGGCUGCUCACUGUAAAAAAAAAAAAAAAAACCUACUAUGCGGCCCCCACCCCUGAGCGGUGGGUGGGGGCAAUGAUGAUAAUGAGGGGGGACGACUUACUGUCCUCCCCCCCAGGCCCCCACCCCUGGGCGGCGGGUGGGGGCAAUGAUGAUAAUGAGGGGGGACGACUUACUGUCCUCCCCCCCAGGCCCCCACCCCUGGGCGGCGGGUGGGGGCCAUGAUGAUAAUGAGGUGGGGGGGACCUACUGUCCUCCUCCCCAGGCCCCCACCCCUGGGCGGCGGGUGGGGACCAUGAUGAUAAUGAGGGGGGGGACCUACUGCCCCCCCGUCCCCCACCCCUGGGCGGCGUGUGGGGGCCAUAAUGAUAAUGAGGGGGGACCUACUGUCCUCCCCCCCUCCAGCUCCCACCCCUGAGCGGCAGGUGGGGGCCAUAAAGAUAAUGAGGGGGGGAUCUACUGUCCUCCUCCCCAGGCCCCCACCCCUGGGCGGCGGGUGGGGACCAUGAUGAUAAUGAGGGGGGGGACCUACUGCCCCCCCGUCCCCCACCCCUGGGCGGCGGGUGGGGGCCAUAAUGAUAAUGAGGGGGGACCUACUGUCCUCCCCCCCUCCAGCUCCCACCCCUGAGCGGCAGGUGGGGGCCAUAAAGAUAAUGAGGGGGGGGACCUACUGUCCUCCCCCCCAGCCCCCACCCCUGGGCGGCGGGUGGGGGCCCUAAGUCAAAUUCCACCCCCAUCAAAGGUGACUAGGGGUCCCCAAGCCCCUAGUCACCCACCCCCCCCACCCAAAUAAAAAGUCCCCUACCUACCCCUCUCACCCUAAAAAAAUUGUGAGGGGGGAAUAAAAUUACUAACCUAUAAAGUAAAAUUAAACUUACCAUUUGACGUCUUCUUUUUUUCUAAAAUCUUAAUUUUUCAGCCUCAAAAAAGGCCAAAUAAUAAACCAUCAUAACCGUUGAACUUAAAAUAAAAUAAAAAUCCCGAGCGCAAAAAAAAAACCUGAUGAAAAAGAAAAAACCCAAGUGCAAAAAAAAUAUCUAUCUUCACCCAUGGAGGGCUCCGCGCAGACUGAGCUCUGCAGGGUGGGGGAAGGCUUAUGAAGCCUUGGCCCGCCCUGCAAUUAGGCUAAGAACACUCUGAUUGGUGGGUUUAAGCCAAUCACAGUGCUCUGUGUCAUUUUACACAGCGUGGGAAAGUUCUUUGGAAUUUUCCCACGCUGUGUAAAAUGACAAAGAGGGGACUUUUUAUUUGGGUGGGGGGUGGGUGACUAGGGGCUUGGGGACCCCUAGUCACCUUUGAUGGGGGGGGGGAAUUAACUUAAGGCCCCCACCUGCCGCCCAGGGGUGGGGGAGAGGACAGUAGAUCCCCCCCUCAUUAUCUUUAUGGCCCCCACCCGCCACCCAGGGUUUGGGGGCCAGGGGGGGGAGGACAGUAGGUUCCCCCUCCCCAUUAUCAUUUGGCCCCGACCCGCCGCCCAGGGGUGGGGGCCAGGGUGGGGGGAGGACAGUAGGUCCCCCCCCCUCAUUAUCAUUAUGGCCCCCUCGCGCCACCCAGGGAUAGGGGCCUGGGGGGGAGGACAGUAGGUCCUCCCCCAUUAUCAUUAUGGCCCCCACCCGCCGCCCAGGGGUGGGGGCCGGGGGGAGGAGAACAGUAGGUCCCCCCCAUUAUCAUUAUGACCCCCACCAACCGCACAGGGGUGGGGGCCGGGGGGGACAAUAGGUCUCCCCCCUUAUUUUACUUUAAGGCCCCCAUCUGUCGUUUAGGGGUGGGGGCCAAUAGUUUUUGUUUUUUGAGACAUGCCCCUAGACAUGCCCCUACUCGCGGUAUAGCGAGUAGGGGCAGAUCAUUUACUAGUCUUUACUUAGUAUCUUUACUUAGUACUAGUAAAUGUGGCUGAAAUACCAAUUUAGGUCUUUCAGCCUUUUAGUAGAUAACUCCCUGAUACCGUGGAAAUUAGAGAGUUAUCUACUAAGCGGCUGCAAGAUGCAGCCACAGCAAGAAUAGGAUCUGAGUUUCAUUCAUUCGAAUGAAAUUGCGAUCCGAACAAAAUGCCGAAUUGCGUUCUAAAAGAAACGAACAUACUGUUCUCAUUCAGUUAGAACGCAAUUCGGCGGUUUCGUCUAAAAUGACAGGAAGCAUCGCGGGAACACUGAGGAAAGGUAAGAAUUAUGGGAAAAUUGUUCUAACCAGCGGAAAUGAAGCACACUUUGCUCCUCCGCUGGUCAGAGCUGGUCAAGCGGAGGAAUCCUCGAUAAGGCAAAGAAUCCCUACUUUGUCUUAUGAUUUUAAAGAAAACUAAAGAAGACAGGAAGAAAAGAAGAACAGGUCCUGAGAGAGGGAGAGAAGAUGAAGAGAUUGAGGAAAGGUAAGUUCGGCAUGACAGUGCCGCUUUAACUUCACUGGAAUAACCCUGAUGCAGUACAUAGGCUGCAAUGGUUGACACUUUCAAUCUUUUGCGGAAAUAAGUGCGAUCAAAGGUCCAGGUUUGACUACCUGGUGACAAUGGUUAAUGUUUGUAACUCUGUACGUAGUGUAAGAGAAUAACUGGUAGUUACUAUCUCUAAUUAGCACAAUGCAAAGGCACCCAUGAUCGGCUUUUGAUUACAGUACUUCGGCAUCAGCAAUUAACUCUUGCAGUGCUGCACUCAAUAUGGAAAAAUUGACAGCGUGAGUUUACGCCCAAGUAGUGAGAGUCAGCGCUUAAAAUGCUGUAAUAGAUAUGAAAGCAUUAAUUAUAAUUACUGUCACCAUUUGCCACACUGCACAGAAACCUAGUGAUACAUUAUUCAAACAUUUGCUAUGCUGUCCAAUAUCUGUAUUCAAAUAAUAGCUUUCCUAUAGUUGCUACGAGCUAACUAGAUAGAAUGUCAGUAGAUAUAUAAAAGUAGCCCUAAAUCCUAGUCUAAACUAGGCAUUAAGGAUAAUGCUAUAUCGGUAUAGGUCGACAGAAUAACCCUAGAAAUUCUAUCGGUACCGAAUGGCGAGAUAGCACUAAUCACCCUGAUAUACGUCGGCAGAAUAACCCUAGAAAUUCUAUCGGUACCGAAUGGCGAGAUAGCACUAACCACCCUGAUAUAGGUCGGCAGAAUAACCCUAGAAAUUCUAUCGGUACGAAUGGCGAGAUAGCACUAAUCACCCUGAUAUAGGUCGGCAGAAUAACCCUAGAAAUUCUAUUGGUACCGAAUGGCGAGAUAGCACUAAUCACCCUGAUAUAGGUCAGCAGAAUAACCCUAGAGAUUCUAUCGGUACUAAAUGGCAAGAUAGCCCUAAUCACCCUGAUAUAGGUCAGCAGAAUAACCCUAGAGAUUCUAUUGGUACUAAAUGGCGAGAGCUAACUAGAUAGAAUGUCAGUAGAUAUAUAAAAGUAGCCCUAAAUCCUAGUCUAAACUAGGCAUAAACUAGGCAUUAAGGAUAAUGCUAUAUCGGUAUAGGUCGACAGAAUAACCCUAGAAAUUCUAUCGGUACCGAAUGGCGAGAUAGCACUAAUCACCCUGAUAUACAUCGGCAGAAUAACCCUAGAAAUUCUAUCGGUACCGAAUGGCGAGAUAGCACUAACCACCCUGAUAUAGGUCGGCAGAAUAACCCUAGAAAUUCUAUCGGUACGAAUGGCGAGAUAGCACUAAUCACCCUGAUAUAGGUCGGCAGAAUAACCCUAGAAAUUCUAUUGGUACCGAAUGGCGAGAUAGCACUAAUCACCCUGAUAUAGGUCGGCAGAAUAACCCUAGAAAUUCUAUCGGUACUGAAUGGCGAGAUAGCCCUAAUCACCCUGAUAUAGGUCGGCAGAAUAACCCUAGAGAUUCUAUUGGUACUGAAUGGCGAGAUAGCACUAACCACCCUGAUAUAGGUCGGCAGAAUAACCCUAGAGAUUCUAUCGGUACUGAAUGGCGAGAUAGCACUAACCACCCUGAUAUAGGUUGGCAGAAUAACCCUAGAAAUUCUAUCGGUACUGAAAGGCGCGAUAGCUCUAAUCAACCUGACGCGCGUUUCGCGGAUUAG